AUGCAGGACUACCCAGAUACCAGAGAUCACUUAGCAUGUGACCAAUGUCGUAUCAAGAAAAUACGCUGUGGAAAAGAACGACCUAAUUGUUCGAAUUGCAAUCGAAUGAAUCUUGAUUGCAAUUGGUCUGGCCAAGGCAAAAAACCGAACCAGACCGUGGUCCUUAAUAAAUCCAUUUCCACAAUGGGAGAACGUCUUCGGCUCAUCGAGGGAAACAUUUCCGGCAUUCAACGCUCUCUCCAGCGGCUAGACUUAACCAUUGCCAGCCGACUUGGACUAAAUAAUGAAGAUGUUCAUGCAUUUAGUGGCGUCGGCAGCAGUCCGCCUAGGUCCACAUCCAAUCAGGGCAGCAGCACAAUAAGCAGUAGCAGCAGCUCUGUUGUUUCUGAUAUGUCCUCGUUCGGUUACCACAUUGUACAUGACGCACAAGGACAUGAGCGUUGUGUUGGCCCCUCUUCACUUUUAUCAUUGAUACACAGCAUUGACGAUCUUUCGAUGCCAGAGGCCGAAGGAGCCGGAGCCAACGCGGCCACUGCCCGUGAGAAAAUCAGGGAACUGGGAUAUAAUACCAGCCAGCCGUUAUUCUCAAACGUCAGUGACGGCUCCGCCAUCAAGGAACCUCCGAUGUUAAUUGUCGAGGCCCUGAUCGAACCGUACUUCGAUUCAAUUAAUUCUCAUUUUCCCAUAUUCACUCGAGAAGGCUUUUGCCGCUUGAUGAAUACCUCUCGUGCGGAGUCCAAUCCCGCAUUUAACAGGCCAUUCGCCAUUUGCGCCAAUAACAUGGUGCUGUUGACCUUAUCAGCCAAGGCCUUACAUUCUCGGUCAAAGAGCACGUCAACAUCGAACAUCGACCGAGUCACGGAAUCAAUCGAUGUCGAACUUAUUCAAUCAUUCAUCAGCAAUGCGAACCGCGCAAUGGUCCAAGUAGAGCAAUUGCUCAGCCCCCGAUUGGUUAACGUGCAAGCUCUGUUAUCCUUAUGUUUUGUCGCCCAGAUGUGGCUCUGUGAGGAUGUGUUUAAUCUUGCCUUGACCUUGGCUGCUCAUGUGGCCAAGUCAAUGGGAUUAUGCCAGCCCCAGGCCUUAUCGACAUCAAGAUUGAGCCAUGAAGAAGUUCAAGAACGUCGAAAUGUUCUGCAGUGUCUAUACUACCUAGACAGGGCAGUCUGUUGGAAUAGUGGAUCGUUAUCCAAUACUUCAGGAGAUGUUGUGAUGAUGAUUGAAGCGAUGAAGCGGCCGGACGAGCCCCCGUCGCUUAUGGACGCCAAGUUUGCACUAGCCCAGAUCGAGGACGACUUGUACACAAGCUUCUAUUCGAAGAACACAUUGUUAUGUGAACAGAUCAGCAUGAAAACACGAGCUAUACAGGCAAGGCUGCAAGAUUGGAGAGCCGUAUGCAAUCUUGAUGAGCAGGAUGGCGGAAACGGUGUUGCUCAAGUUCCUUGCUCAAGGCUUGAGCUGGAUAUAUCUUUUCAUUACGCUCGUAUGAGGCUAAUGUGGCCUUUUGUGAGGGAGGCAGAGGCGAGAUCACUUCUACUCAGCGAUUGUCGUGCAAGCUUGCUCCUUCUGCGGCAGCUAUGGGAUGCAACUUCAAAGCACGAUCACUACCCAAGUUUCGCAUGGCUCAUUGUUUCAUUUCCCACGAGUGUCAUUUUCCAGUUCGCCAGCCAAUUUGAAGACUCUCACUCAUCAACAGACGACUUGGAGCUACUUAACUUUUUGUCAACCUCUCUACAAAAUGUCUCUAUGUUCGCCACUGAGAACUCGUAUGUAAUUCGAUUCAAUAGUUUUGUCCGAAUUCUUGUACGUCUGGCACAUGAUAUAAUCGAUGGCAAAACCGCAGGGUCGUCGCCAGAGCCAGUCAUUACCAACAUGUUUGAGUUACAUACGAAUACCGCGGUUACUGUGAAGGAAACGGCUGUGGGGCAGUCUCCCAGCGACAUUCAAGGCUCUGGACUACAGACAGCGCCCAUACAGGACUCACUACAUCUGCACGAGGAUUUGGAUUCGUUGAUGACCAUGUGGGACAACGGCACGAGUACCUUCGCUGGUUUCCCCAGAGAAAAUGACAUUAUGGUCCUUAAUGACUUCUCACCUACUGCGGACAAAGGAAUAUGGGAGCAUUUCAACCUUGCAAACAAUCUUCGUGUGGACCAGAUGCAAGACAAACAAUUGGUGUAG